UGUUUUAAUAUGUUUCAGCCUUUGCAACUUCAAUACUACUUUACUAUACUUCAAACUAAUAGAUACUUUAUCAUAAUUUACUUAUUUACACCACAAUUGAGACAGUAAAUUCUAGCUGAAUGCCAGUUUUAUCUUUCCCCCAUCAACGAAAAUGGCUGAGAAUGCUUCGGAUCGAGUUCAGCAGCGCCCUCACGCGGGAGCCAGGGCUGGAUCUCACAAAGAUCUAGCCAGAGGACCCAAAGAUGCCUAUUUCCGCAACUUGUACACAAAGGCCCCUGACUUUCGAGCGAUGGCGCUCAAUGAUCCGGAAUUUGCAGCUUUCAUCAAAGGUCGUGGACGUGACCUCAACUUCAGCGACCCUAAAGCCGUCAUGCAGCUGACCAAAACGCUACUCAAGGUCGAUUUUGACCUUCACAUUGAGUUACCAGAGGAUCGAUUGUGCCCUCCGGUUACGAACAGACAUAAUUAUAUCCUAUGGCUCAAGGAUUUGCUAGAUACAACAUCAUAUGAUGAGCCUGGCCGGAAAGCGGUUGGAUUAGACAUCGGCACGGGUGCGAGCUGCAUCUACCCGUUGCUUGGAUGUGCGCAGCGCGAAUGGUCAUUUAUUGCAACUGAUAUCGAUGCAAAAAGCUUGGAAUGCGCAAAAAAAAAUGUCAAGAUCAACGACCUCGAAAGUCGGGUUCGGGUUAUCGGCCGAAAACCCGACGAUGCGCUCAUUCCGCUCGAUGAUCUCAAGAUGGAAUCCAUCGACUUCACAAUGACAAAUCCUCCCUUCUAUGAAUCUGUAGAAGCCAUGUUAGGUAGUGCAGCAGGAAAGUCACGCCCGCCGUUUACCGCCUGCACCGGCGCCGAGGUAGAAAUGGUAACCGAAGGCGGGGAAGUUGGCUUCAUCAGCCGCAUCUUUGAAGAGUCACUCGUCCUCCGGGGGCGCAUCCAGUGGUAUACCGCCAUGGUCGGAUUUCUGUCUAGUCUCACAAAGAUUAUCGAUAAGCUGUGGGAGCACAAAAUAGACAACUAUGCCGUCACAGAGUUCACCCAGGGCAACAAGACGAGGCGAUGGGCGAUUGCGUGGAGCUUUCAACCUUUACGGCCAGCGCAGAGCGUCGCGAGAGGAACGAAAGCUGCGCUGUCGAAGAAUAUCUUGCCGGCUAUGGCGGAGACCACCGCGUUUAGGAUGCCCCUGAGAGGAAAUAUCGGCGGCUUUGCAGAGAACUUGAGCAAUGCCAUUGCGGCGCUGGAGCUUAUAUCCUGGAAUUGGAACAAAGAGAAGCUCGAAGGCGUUGGAAGAGCUGUGGACAAGGUGUGGAGCCGACCUUGGCGACGACAGAAGAAGAGAGAAGCGGAGAUGCAGUUGGGCGAGAAGGCGGACGGUGGAGGGAGUAAAGAGAAACUAUCGCCCGAGGAGCAGGUUUGCCAGUUUGGCUUCAAAGUCGCCGUCCGAGUAGCUAGGGACCACGUUUCGGUCGAAGCACGAUGGUUGGAGGGACAUGAUGAGGUGGCCUUGGAGAGUUUCCGAGGAUUCUUGAAGACGGCGUCAGAAAAAGCAGUAGAAGACCUAGAGAAGGAGUGAAGACGACAACAAGAGGGUCGUAUGAGGCCAGCUCAUCCAGUCAAUUCCGUUGAUACCAUUUCAUCUAAUAUUAAAG